AUGCUAUCCCUACCACCUCCCCCGAUCCCAUUCCCAUCGACCGCCAUGUUGCCCCAAUCCCAACCCCUAUACGCCCCGACACCUUCUACCAACGGCAUCCUCAUACCGGGCCACGUCCCGGCAUCUGUACCACGAGAAGUACGGCCUGAGAUGAUCAGAGGGAGGAUGGAGAGCGUGGAGCAUUUCAGAGCAGCGGAUGUAGGUAUACGGGUUGGUGGGCGGAGAGGCUGGAAUGAGUUGCAUGGGUGGGAUGAAGGAUCUCCGCCUCCUAGUUACAGACUUGCGAGGGGAGACACUGCUGCUGCGAGAGAUGAUGGCGAGAGGCUGGGAGAGGGUGGGGGAGCAUCGAGAAUCACGGUUGAUGACCAGCCUGACCGUUCUUUGACUUCGACUUCUGCCCCUGAGUCUUCUCCGGGAACGGCAUCCUCGGUGUCUAAACAGGAUCCAAGUGGGCCAGCCGCUACCUUACCACUGUUGGAUCAAGGAGAUAGGGGGCAGUCGUGA